UUAAAAGUUACCUAACUCUUUAGCCACAAUCUCUUACUAAAGGAACAAAUUGCCCAUUCAGCUCCAGUGGAAGAAAAUAAGGUUUUCCCAAUGGACUCUCUAGCAUCAUCAAUCAACCAGUUUGCCCUGGAAUUUAGCAAAAAGCUAGCUGAAUCUGCUGAGGGUAAAAAUAUUUUCUUUUCACCCUGGGGCAUCUCAACUUCCUUGGCCAUGGUGUAUUUGGGCACUGAAGGUACCACUGCAGUCCAAAUGGCCCAGGUUCUUCAUUUUAUCAGAGACCAGGCUGUCAAAUCUGGUCCUGAAAGUGAAAAGAAAAGAAAAAUGGAAUUCAACUUGGGCAAGGCUGAAGAAAUACAUUCUGAUUUUAAAACACUCAUUUCAGAAAUCCUCAAGCCCACCAAUACCUACACACUUAAAACAGCCAAUGCCAUAUAUGGCGAGAAAACGUAUCCAUUUCACAAUAAAUAUUUAGAAGACAUGAAAACAUAUUUUGGUGCAGAGCCACGGUCUGUUAACUUUGUGGGAGCUUCUGACCAAAUCAGAAAGGAGAUCAACUCUUGGGUUGAAAGCCAGACUGAGGGUAAAAUCCUGAAUCUCCUGCCUAGUGACUCUGUGGAUGCCACGACCCGGAUGGUUCUGGUGAAUGCCCUUUACUUUAAAGGAACCUGGGAACAUCAAUUCUCAGCGCAAAACACCACAGAAAAGCCUUUUAGAAUAAACAAGAGUACAAGCAAACCAGUGCAAAUGAUGUACAUGAAAGAAAAACUUCAAAUUUUUCACAUAGAAAAGCCACAAGCUACAGGCCUUCAACUCUACUAUGAGAGCCGUGACGUCAGCCUGCUUAUCCUACUGCCAGAAGACAUCAGUGGCCUGGAACAGCUGGAAAAGGCCAUCACCUAUGAGAAGCUCAAUGAAUGGACCAGGGAAGACAUGAUGGAGUUGUAUGAAGUGCAAUUGCAUCUUCCUAAGUUCAAGCUGGAAGAGAGUUAUGAUCUCAAGUCAACCCUGAGCAGUAUGGGGAUGAGUGAUGCCUUUGACCAGAGCAAAGCUGAUUUCUCAGGAAUGUCUUUAGAGAAAAAUCUGUAUCUGUCCAAUGUUUUCCAUAAGGCUUUUGUGGAAAUAAAUGAACAAGGUACUGAGGCUGCAGUUGGCACAGGGAGUGAGAUAGGUUUUCGAAUUAGAGUCCCCUCCAUUGAAUUAAAUGUAGAUCACCCGUUCCUCUUCUUCAUCAGACACAAUAAGACCAAUAGCAUUCUCUUUUAUGGAAGAUUCUGUUCCCCCUAAACUCUGCAUCUUUCUUGCUCAUCAAACAGGACCAAUUUACAGUGUGAAAAAUACAUUCAUAAAAUGGAAAAGUACAAUUUUCACAAAAUAAGUUUGUAGACUAGAACUUUUUCAUGUUUGAAUAUAAGUAAAUAAAUCUUGAAAUAAUGCAUUCUAGUGAUCCUGUCAUAUCUGUCUAGCUAGAGAGAAUGACAAUUUUUAUUACCACUUAAAUAAUAUUUUGUCUUAAUAUGACUUUCAUUUACAUUUCAGAAGUACUAGGUCAUUCAAUUGAAUGCCUGACAAUUCUUGAGAUACUUGAUCACUGGGUUAUCAUUGUCACUUAUUAUAUUUCACAUACAUCAUUUAGUGAAAAAAUAGAAAGGAGAAAUGAUAUUGAUACACAAUAAGUUUCUCAAGAAUAUCAUUUUGGUGGCUUAUAAAUUACCAAUGUAAAAUUAAAUCCUUCUACUGACUAUUUAAAAGUACCUACAUUGACAUUAAUGGAAAAACUAGUGAAAUCCGAAUGAAAUCUGUAGUUUAGUAAAUAGUAAUCUACUAAUGUUGUUGUCUUAGUUUUGACAAAUGUACCAUGGUAAUGUGAUGUUACCAUUAGGGGAAACUGUGUUAGGGGUAUAUGAGAAUUCCCUGUAUUAUCUUGGCACCAUUUCAAAUUAUGAAUUCUUAGUUAUGAAUCUAAAAUUAUUCCAAAAUAAAAAUUUUAUUAAAAGUAA